CCAAAAGAGGAUUAAACCAUCUCAGAAAAAAAAUUCAAAAUAAGAGAAAAGAAUUCCCUCCAGGCUUCGAGUUAUAGUGUUAUAUACUACAGCUCAUAUCUUUUCCUGUACGUUGUGAAGGCAUAUAUUAUGGCGGAAGGGGAAAGAAGCGCAAACGAGCCAGUACCCGACCCGAAUCCGUGCCCUAUCUGCCUCGGACCCGUGACUCAAGAUUCAUACUUGGAGCAAUGCUUUCAUAAGUUUUGCUACAACUGCAUUCUACGUUGGACCAAAGUGGUUGCUAGCAAGCAUUCUUGUAGACAGACUUCUGUAAAGUGCCCUCUCUGUAAGAUAGAAAGCUUUUCAAUCGUACAUGGAUAUGAUGGAAGUUCUUUUCAAAGACAUUAUGUUGGUCAGGAUCUGGGAAGUAGGUAUGCAUUUUUCACGAAACUUCACAAGUAUAGAUUACAGUGCUAUUACACCGAAGCAGGUACUCUGGCUGACAAAUUGAAGGUAAUGCGAUACUGGAAGUUGCACAAGUAUCGUCAGCCUGCUCAUCAACUUUACAGUUGGCUGACAAGGGAAAUCCAAGCAUUAACACAGGAAGAAGAUGUUGAUAUCAUUGUGCAUCAUGUAUUCGGAGUAAUUGAAUCCUUCAAGAGAAAUGAGCAAAGCCAUAUACAAAUGACUCCAGAGGCAAAUCAAGAGGAAUUCCGAGUCUUGGUCUCUCAAGCAGCAAGGCCUUUUUUGACAGGUAGAACGGAUCGUUUUGUGAAUGAGGUACAACUGUUUUUAGCUUCGGAGUUGACAAUGGAUGCCUUUGACAAAGUUUAUGUCCAGCAUCUAGGCUGGAAAUUCCCUGAAAUAACUAAGGAUGAGGAGGAAAGAGAAGUUGAAAGUUACUCAACUCCAUACUUGUAUUUCUUUGAUGAAGACUGAUGAAAAUGAGUGAAUUUUUUAAAAUGAAUUGUAAGGUUCACUUGCCUUGCGAACUAGCCAUCAAACUCAGAUCCUCUCAAUUUCAUAUUUGUUCUCGUU